UUUCUCUCACCGUACUUUGUUUUCGCAGCCUCAUCUCUCUCUGUUCCUCUUCUAUAUAAUUCUGUACCUAUACCAACUCUCUCCCCCCUCCCUUCUCUCUCUCUCAGCAGUGGCUGAACCAACUGGCAGACAACGUCUCGCUGUGCUCCCGAACGAACUCGUUCUCAAAUCGCGUCGAUUUUAAGGGACAGUGACAUGAAGCGUAGCGCAUCGGAGUUGAGUCUCGAAUUCGAGGAGUUGAUAAGGAGGACUAUAAGCGAUCCCGAGUUGAUCGAUACCGGCCGGAACGGAGACCUCUACCAUCAGUAUGAGACAACCGGAGAGAUUAAUAAUUGGAGUCAUGUGCUUGACGGAGCUGCCGAUGAAUCCGAUGUAUUUCUUGGUGAUUUUCUCUCCGCCUACGCUAGUCUUUCCGGCUUCCCUGUCAAUAUUCGGGACAUAAGGAAUUCAUUUUCAGGUUGCAGUGGACUGACUGAAAGUUCUCCAAAUCUCACUUUCAAGCAAUCCAGCAUUUCAGCAACCAUGGAAUCUCAGUCAUCAAUAUGCGUUAGCAGUCCAAUGUCAGCUAACAAGCCAGAAGGCAGGGAUGCUCAAGCAAGAGUAGCUACCAGUACUGGUUCCUCGCAUGAACCUUCGGAUGAUGAUGUCGACUUAGAAGCUGGUCAGUGUGAGCAGAGCACAGACGUGGCUAAAUUAAAACGCGUGAAAAGGAUGAAUUCCAAUCGGGAGUCUGCCAGGCGAUCAAGAGAAAAAAAACAAUUGCAGCUCCAAGAGCUCGAGAUUCAGGUUGAUAAACUGAAAGGAGAAAAUACUUCUUUAUGCAAGCAGUUCACACAUGCUAAUCAACAGUAUCAUGUUGCUGAUACAAAUAAUCGAGUCCUGAAAUCAGAUGUGGAAGCUUUGAGAGCCAAGGUGAAAUUAGCUGAAGAUAUGGUCACUCGUGGCUCCUUAACCAGCAAUUUCAGUUUAUAUCAGCUUCUUCAAAGUCAUUUAGGUACACCGCCGCCACUUAAUACCCACAAUCUGCGCCGCGUUCCGAAUGUCUCCCCAACCAUCACUGUUUAUGGAGAUGAAACCUCAUUUGCUGGAAAUGAAAUGGCUGUUUCCGGGCAGAAUUCAGCCUUUGGACUUGGACACACCAACAUUACUAAUAGCAACCUUAAGACUGGAAUCAUGAGUGAUGUUGUAAUCAAUGAAGGUCAUGCAAACGUACCAUUUUAAUUUUCUUUCUUAAUUUGUUAAUGCCGGAAAUAGUAGAGAUCCUGGUCAUAUGAUCGCAUGUUUUAUUUUGGCAAACGUUGGCCAGUCUUUUAUGUAGUUUUAUGUUGAAGAUUACUGAAUAUAUAAGCAUGAUGUUUAGUUUGUCA